UCACGCCGGAAGUUCCGGUGGCGGAUCGCCGACCGGGCGGAGCUGAUCGCUGCGCGGGCUGCGAGAGCUAGGUGGCUGGGCGCGGAGCCCAAGCCGUGCCGCGCGGCGCCAUGAAGGGCAAGGAGGAAAAGGAGGGCGGCGCGCGGCUGGGCACUGGCGGUGGCAGCCCUGAUAAGAGUCCGAGUGCGCAGGAGCUCAAGGAGCAGGGGAACCGGCUCUUCGUGGGCCGCAAGUACCAGGAGGCGGCGGCCUGCUACGGCCGCGCCAUCACCCGGAACCCACUUGUGGCAGUGUACUACACCAACCGGGCCCUGUGCUAUCUGAAGAUGCAGCAGCCUGAACAGGCACUCGCCGACUGCCGGAGAGCCCUGGAGCUGGAUGGGCAGUCUGUGAAGGCGCACUUCUUCCUGGGGCAGUGCCAGCUAGAGAUGGAGAGUUACGAUGAGGCCAUUGCCAAUCUGCAGCGAGCCUAUAGUUUGGCCAAGGAGCAGCGACUCAACUUUGGGGAUGACAUCCCUAGUGCCCUUCGCAUUGCUAAGAAGAAGCGCUGGAACAGUAUCGAGGAACGGCGCAUUCACCAGGAGAGUGAGCUGCACUCUUAUCUUACCAGGCUCAUUGCUGCUGAGCGAGAGAGGGAACUGGAAGAGUGUCAGCGGAACCAUGAGGGUGAUGAGGAUGAUGGCCACGUCCGGGCCCAGCAGGCCUGCAUUGAGGCCAAGCACGAUAAAUACAUGGCAGACAUGGAUGAGCUCUUCUCUCAGGUGGACGAGAAGAGAAAGAAGCGAGAUAUCCCUGACUACUUGUGUGGCAAGAUCAGCUUUGAGCUGAUGCGGGAGCCCUGCAUCACACCCAGUGGUAUCACUUACGACCGCAAGGACAUUGAGGAGCACCUGCAGCGUGUGGGCCACUUUGACCCUGUGACCCGGAGCCCUCUGACCCAGGAACAACUCAUCCCCAACUUGGCCAUGAAGGAAGUCAUUGAUGCGUUCAUCUCUGAAAACGGCUGGGUAGAGGACUACUAAAGCCAUGUCCUGCCUGGCACCCUAGCCCAGGAGGGUCUGGAGACAGAAGCUCCAGUUCCUGUAUAUAGCUUGUGUCCCUGGGCCUGCCCCCAUCAGUCCUGCUGAUGGGUUCUGAACUGCUCCCUUUCUCGGCAUACCCCUUGCUGGGCCAUGAGCCUCCCCUGUCCCCCUUCUGGGCUGGAAAGCGGGUGAGGGUGGGCUUAGGUUGCUGCUGCUGCCACUGUCCUGUAAUAAAGUCUGUGAGCACUA